AUGGCGUUAGACUCGGACAUAAGCACCGUCUCGUUACCAGUUGCUGGAAUAGCGAUAGCUGUAAUAUCAAGUUUCAUCAACGGGUCGACAUUUGUGCUGCAAAAGAAGGGAAUAUUACGCUCCCGAGAACGAGGAGAGUCGUACCUCGUAGACGCUGUGUGGUGGAGUGGUACAGUGGCUAUGAUUGUUGGUCAAAUUGGGAAUUUCCUGGCCUACAACGUGGCCCCUGCUGUGAUAGUGACACCUCUAGGAGCCCUUGGAGUGUUAUUUGGGGCUGUGCUUGCUUCUUGGAUCUUGGAGGAGCAUUUAAAUAUCUUGGGGAAGCUGGGCUGUGUGUUAUGCUGCUGCGGCUCCGUGAUGCUCAUCAUUCAUGCCCCUAAAGCGGAGGCUGUAACAUCGAGGCUGGAGCUAGAGGAGAGGCUAUGGGACCCAGUGUUUGUAAUUUACGCCCUCUUGGUGGUCCUGAUGCUCGUCGUGCUAAUCGUGUGGAUGGCUCCAACUCACGGCACAUCAAACAUCAUGGUCUAUGUUGCCAUAUGUUCCCUCUUGGGAAGCUUUACCGUUCCAAGCAGCAAAGGACUUGGCUUGGCCGCACAAGACAUCUUCGGUGAUGGGCCUCCGAGCAGCGGGGCCCUGGCUCUCUUCCUGGGCUUGCUGGGAACGCUGGCUGUCAGCGUCCUCACGCAGUUCUACUUCAUCAAUAAAGCCCUGGAGUCGUUCAGCUCCAACAUGUUUGAAGCCGUCUACUACGUGACGUUCACAUCCACUGUGAUUCUUGCUUCUGCUCUUCUCUUCAAAGAGUGGACUGCGCUAACUUUAACUGACAGCCUCGCCAUGCUUUGUGGUUUGACAACAGUGUGCGUCGGGGUGGUUUUACUGCGAAUAUCCCAGGAGGCCUCGCUUACUUGGAAGCAGAAGGGGUUACGAGAAAAGACAGACUGAUUGACAUGACUUUUUAUAAUUCUAUGACUUUUGUGCCUUUUUUUUUAUAACAGUCUAUACUUGAAUGACCAAAGUUACAAUGUGUUAUAUAACUGGUUCCACUCAAUGUUUACUUGAAUUUUAUUGUGGUUUCUAUUGAACUAGUUCCUAGUUACUGUGUAACCCACAAAUAACCGUCAGCCACUAUCAUGAGACUGCUGCUUGACGUCUCACAGCUUUUUAACAGCACACUUAAAAUACAGCCUGGGGACUUUAAUGUUUUCACUCAUUUCAAAUAGACAAUGUUCCUCUCAAGGGUUUUAUAGACCUCUUGAAUGGUUUCCCUUUCUCCCAGUGCCAGACUGCCUCAGUGCAGAAACACCUACACUGUGACUUAUUCAGUGUGCCUUUGAAUUAUUCAGUGUAAUUUCAGCAGCAGUCACUUCAGUGCCAGAGUUGUUUAGAAGAUGAGUAUCAACAGUGACCAGGUGUUUUGAUCUAAUGGGAACAUUUGUAAGGCUGAUAUAAAAACAGCUGGUUCGUCAUGACAUUAAACGUGGCUACUUAUUUUAGGCGUGUGAUUAUAAAGGUAACUGGGUUAUUUAUUUCUAUUCCAUUACAGUGUCGACACUAAUUUCUAUUACUGUAUGUGUCAGUGAUGACUGUGACUUGACAGACCACUUUAAAUCUUAAACAGUUUUUUUCCGAUUAAAGUGUGUGAGACGCAGUCCUUAUUUAGCUCUGUUUGAUAAGUGUUGAUUUGCAAAUAAUAAAACUAAACCACAAGGGUUACAUUUCAGCAUACCCCACAAAAUAUUUUGGCUUGUACAAUUAUUUGCAAGAGAUCUUUA